AAACCAUUUAAACAACAGAAUGAUAGUAUGAUUACGAUGAACAUUUUUAGCGUUGAGAGAGGUGUAAGUGUGAUGCUACCAUAACAUCUUUGGUAUCUCUUUAAUGGAAUAUGUCGCAAACGAAGUAGCCCACCGAACCAUCCAGCGUAUUAAUACAUUGGCUCCCAUGAAGGUUUUUUCUUAUAACCGUGAAGGAAACAGGACGGCAGAUGAGGUGUCACAUUAACAAGGAAAUGGAAAGGAAUAUGAGCUGACAUGUUAACAUCGCAAGAAAAUGGACAGGAAGAUGAGAUGGCACGUUAAAUUCACAAGAUGAAAUAGGCUUCUAAAAAACGUUUAUUAAGAUAUGGUGGAGGGAAGAAAAGAGAGACGGACAAAAGAAACGAUGGAUAGACACCGUCUCUGAUUUUACAGGGUAAUGUUUUGCGAAAACACAGGUUUAAUGCAGUAAAAAAGAGUAAUACCCAUUAAAUUAAAGUCUACUACAACAUUAGAGUUUGGUUUAUAAUUGCCUACAUAAAUUGGCUACGCUGGGGAACAGCGGCCGCUGACGUCAUUGUUACCGAGAUAGGAAUAGCAACUAAUAUCUUAUCAUAUUAUUAUUUCUUUGUUACAGUUUAACUUUGAGUAAUGACUUACAGUAUCAUAUCCAGCUAGACCACUGCAUGACAGAGUGACAAGAACUGUGCCUAAACAUCUGCUUAGAGGGACUACGUGGAAUAGACAACGAUUACUUUAUCUAAAUGUUAGAAGUGGGAGACGUCUGAAAGGACAGCGAAUGGGUCAGCGUCACCUACACACUUAGGCAGUAUACUCGAUAGUAACCCUAGGCCGGGACUGUCGUGAGUGGUCGGUGGGGGGGCAGCCAAUUUCAAGGUAGAGAUGUUCAUAGAAGAGAACAGUGAACAGAGCGACUUUGUCAUCUUCAUAGAUGCAUCAAUAAUACGUGGGGGUCAAAUCCGGAUGGGCUUUCAGCGCUCGUGUAAACGUGGUCAUCCAGAAAGAGCAGUCCGGCGACACCAGUAUAACCACGUCCAGCAUGUGCAUGAAAAUGAAAGCCACCACAGAGGCCUUAAUUGGCAAGGCGAAGGAACAUCAGACUGCCAACCUCUUCACUGACUCUGUUAUUACCCGGGAAAAAGCGAAGAAGCACAUUGAUACACGCAGACUGGCGAGGGGAGAUACAAAGCAGCAGACGUACGAAGAUUGUAUGAUAUUUUAGCUCUGGUCAUACAGGAGUUCGCGGUAGUGAAUGUGCUAAUGGCUGAGAUUGGCGGCUUCAUGCAAUUAGAUCCAUCUACAGUCAUGGCAGCAUAAACAGCAUGGUUAAAGACCACAGUGAAAAUGAAGGCUCCACAUCACGCGUAAUGAAAAUACUGAGGGAAAUUGGUGCCUCAAGAGGGUAGGUGAGAGACAGAAACCUGCGUGGAAAAGCAUGAAGAAUAUCCAGCCUGCUGAUGAGUGGCAUGAUCAUCAAGUCAACCCUUUCGUAGAUCCUGGAGAGGAGGGAGGAGCAGCUAUGGCAUUGUGCCGUCUGCGAUGAUACCUAUUGCCCAAUCAAGUAACCAAGUUAGUAUGUGUCAGUAAUCAAGAUUUCAUGAAAUGACUUGGUCUUUAAUUUAGCACAGACCGGGUCGAACCAGCCUGAACUGUUUAAGUGUACUAAUAAGGACCAAAAACAUUCAAAACUAAUAAGAAAUCUUCACGACACUUUGCUUUUACACAGCUCUAUGACCGUGACUACGUUCGUGAAUCUGUCACCUUUGCCUUGGCUUUGACCUACGGCAAAGUCAGCGACGAGGUCCUCGACAAGGUAACACAUUUCUACAUGAACCAUUUCGACGUGUCCCCGGUCAACGACCUGACUGCAGACUUGCUUUUCAACCUUCCCGCCGUCCAGUACGUGGAAGGACUCACCCAGGACUUCCCAAGACGUCCGAGUAAGAACUGGGGACCGGAAGAAACAGCACUUAAAUACAAGUACAUGCACAUGAUCUCCGAGUUCGUUAAGACUGGAAACCCCAACAAAGGAGUGAGUGGUCUUUCUACCUGCGAUUGGCCACCUUUUGACCCCCAGAGACGCAGCUACCUUCAGUUUGCGGAAUACCCUGAAGUGAAAAAUGACCUUAAAGGAGAUAGAGUUCGACUGUGGCGCCAGCAAAUUCCGAUGUGGAUCAAACAAUACCCCAUAGACGAAGCAUC